ACUCAGUGUGACAGCUGCUCUCUUAUUUAAUGGGGGGCUCUCUGGUCAGAAGAGAUCAGAAGUCUCUACAAGACAGCAGAAGGAUGGCAGAGGAGCUGGGGUUGGGCUUCAGAGAAGGAGUCCCAGUGGAAGUGUUGCCGGAAGGCUGCAGACACAGGCCAGAGGCCAGGGCCGGGCUAGCUGCCAGGAGCAAAGCCUGCCUGGCUCUCACCUGCUGCCUGUUGUCAUUUCCCAUCCUCGCAGGACUUAGCACCCUCCUAAUGGCUGGCCAGCUCCGGGUCCCUGGAAAAGACUGUAUGCUUCGGGCCAUAACAGAAGAGAGAUCUGAGCCUUCACCACAGCAAGUUUACUCACCUCCCAGAGGCAAGCCUAGAGCACACCUGACAAUUAAGAAACAAACUCCUGUACCACAUCUGAAAAACCAGCUCUCUGCUCUACACUGGGAACAUGACCUAGGGAUGGCCUUCACCAAGAACGGGAUGAAGUACAUCAACAAAUCCCUGGUGAUCCCAGAGUCAGGAGACUAUUUCAUCUACUCCCAGAUCACAUUCCGAGGGACCACAUCUGUGUGUGGUGACAUCAGUCGGGGGAGACGACCAAACAAGCCAGACUCCAUCACCGUGGUUAUCACCAAGGUAGCAGACAGCUACCCUGAGCCUGCCCGCCUACUAACAGGGUCCAAGUCUGUGUGUGAAAUAAGCAACAACUGGUUCCAGUCCCUCUACCUUGGAGCCACGUUCUCCUUGGAAGAAGGAGACAGACUUAUGGUAAACGUCAGUGACAUCUCCUUGGUGGAUUACACAAAAGAAGAUAAAACUUUCUUUGGAGCUUUCUUGCUAUAAGGAGGAGAAAACCAUCAUUCCAAGGGGCUCCCCUGCCUCCUACUUUCCAAUUUCCUUUUCUCAUAUGAAACUAUAAACAGGGGCUUUAGAGGGAUCAGGGAAGGGGACAGUGGUUUAGCUAUAUAAUUUAGGAACCCAAUGUUGAUCCAUAUAUGCCUUAUGGACUAAAAUAGUAAAUGGAAAACUCAGUACAGCUCAUGUUUGAUAGAGACCUGCUGGGUUUUAAAAAUUGAAACACGCCUCAUCCAAUGGCACAAUCUACUGAUUUCAGGACAGAACCUUUCCACAGUGCCCUCUGUCCAAGUCCUUUCUGAAUUCAGCAGUUCAGUUAGAGCUGAAUUUGACAAUGAACUUACUUCAGAUCAAGAGCUAAAGACAGAAUCCAAAGAAAGACUGAGAAAAUGAUGUUAUUUAUCCAAGAGGCAAUGCAUUUCCACAUUCUUUUGUGCCUAACCUA